AUGGAUGCACAUAUGCCCAUCGUCGCCCUGGUUGCACCUCCCCAUCGCCCACGCGCACUCCCUUCUGUUGCCCACGCUCAAGACCUUCACGUCGCCCACGCUCACUCCCUUCCCAUCGCCAAAACGCAAUCGUUCCGUCACCCACUCUCAAUCACUUCCGUCGCCCGCGCUCACUCCCUUCCCGUCGCCCACGCUCACUCCCCAUCCCUCACCUCCCCAUCCCUCACCUCCCCAUCCCUCACCUCCCCAUCCCUCAACUCCCCAUCCCUCACCUCCCCAUCCCUCACCUCCCCAUCCCUCACCUCCCCAUCCCUCACCUCCCCAUUCCGCCCCACCCCAUUCCGCCUCACCCCAUUCCGCCCCACCCCAUUCCGCCCCACCCCAUCUCCUCCUCACCCCAUUCCGCCUCACUCCAUUCCGUCUCAAUACAUCCACCCUGCUUCUCCUCCCGAUCGCCCUCUCCCUGAUUUCCGACCACAGCCUCGAUCCUAUUUUUCCCCAGCCCCCUCUCCCCUGUUUCCCCCCUUCCCGCCCCCACACCCUCUUCUGCAGGGACAACUGGAAGCGCGUGCUAUAGCUUCUGCUGUGCUCGUGCUACAGUGGAUCAUCACCAGUCUACAGGGCCAACUGCACCGCUUUGCACACGUCCAUUCCAUCCCCCUGUCCCUCUCCUCCCCUCCUCUACUCCCUCUAAUCCCGCUCCUCCCUCUCCUCCCCUCCUCUAAUCCCUCUACUCCCGCUCCUCCCUCUCCUCCCCUCCUCUACUCCCUCUACUCCCGCCCCUCCCUCUCCUCCCCUCCUCUACUCCCUCUACUCCCUCUACUCCCUCUCCUCCCUCUCCUCCCUCUUCUCCCUCUCCUCCCCUCCUCUACUCCCUCUACUCCCUCUCCUCCAUCUCCUCCCUCUUCUCCCUCUCCUCCCUCUCCUGUCUGCACCAGGGAUCUGCUUGGGGCGCUGUGGGCGGAUGGCAGCGGGCAGAGUCACGCAGCAGAGGCGGACGUGGUGCUGCUGGUGUCCCUUACCCCCCUCCUCCCAACCUCUCUUCCUCCCUUCAUCACUUCCUCCUUUCUGGCAUUCCUCCCUUCCGUCGCGAGUCCCUCUCAUUCCUCCUCUGCUCCCUUUACCCCCCUCCUCCUUUCCUCCCCACCUCCCUUCACUCCGCUCCGCCAUUAA